GACGAAGCUCACACCACCAUCGGGCUUCCUAACCCCCAAGUUUAAGGAAAACCAUUCUCGGCGAUGGAGAUCUUCCGCUUCCAUCUCGUCUUCGGCCUGCUCAUCCCUCUCAUCCAGCACUCCGUCUCGUAUCUGGGUCCUAGGCAAGGCACUUCGUGCGUCGAAAGAUGUGACGUGGAGUAUAAUCCGGACUGGCCGUGUCAAUGCAAUGAGGAAUGCGUCGAAUUUGGGAGCUGUUGUGAGGAUUACGAAGAGGUUUGCCUGAGUUGUCAGGAUAGAUGCGGCAUCGACUACAAUCAUUUCUUCCCUUGCCAGUGCAACGACGAAUGCCCUUUCCACGGCAACUGCUGCGAGAAUUUCGACCAGCAUUGCGAGAGGGCGCGCGCAGUAACCGAUGAAGAGUUGCGAACUUUGACGGAAGACCUCUUGGAAUUGGAUGUGAACAAUGUGGGAAGAUUCGUCACGGUGGACCUUCAAGGUCUUCUAUUUCAAGGUCCAAACAUUGAUUGCGAAGAAGAAGUAGCGCCAGGACCUCUCUUUAUCGGGGAAUUGCCGGAGGAGGUCACUUCCAUCGAGACCGUAGCAAAGAUGAUGGCCCUGUUUGACAACUACAAUCCUUAUACAACUGACGAAGAAGAUGUGACAUUCCAAGAGGAGGAGGAGGUUGAUGCGUUCCUCGACGCAGUUAUCGCCACCCCCGUCAUGGAAGCUGCUUAUCAUUUCUUGUUGGAAAAGGGGGAGAUCCAGGACGACGAAAACGCUUUCAAGGAGAGACUGAAAGAGAUGUGGUUCGAAUUGUACCCGAGAGACGCCGACAUUCUGGGAUCCUGCGGGUUCGAGAACGUCUUCAUGGGGCAACUACGGAGUACCGAAGUCCUUGGCUUUCACGGAUGGUUCUAUUUCUACGAUCAGGAACAGAACGAACAGGGGCAAGGCACGAACUAUUUGGGAUACAUGGAUACCAUGGAUUUCGGCGAAAAGGGCUUCAUUCUGCGAAAUUCCUUCGACUGGCGCGAGAGAUGUAAGCCCAUCAGCAGCCUCUACAUCGGCGCCAGUCCCGAACUGGAAAUGGCCCUAUUCACAGUCUGCUUCAUCGCUCGGCCGGAUUCCUAUUGCCCCAUCAGCCUGGCCGGGCAGGAUCUGCACAUCCAUCUCGCUGACUGCUGCGAGGAUUACGAAACGGUCUGCCUCGGAUGCAAGGAUCGGUGCGGCAUCGAUCACGACGACGGCUUCCCCUGUCAAUGCCACGACGAGUGCAUCCAGGAGGGCAACUGUUGUCAGGAUUUCCGGAAGCAUUGCGGCGGGUCGACCAGACUGGUGACGGAUGAAGAUUUGCGGAUCUUGGCGGAAUCCCUGCUGGAAAUGGACGUAAACAAUGUGGGAGGACUCGUCACGGUGGAACUUCAAGGUCAAACCUCACAAACCGGAGGAGAUGAAGCAUCUGAACCUCUCUUUGUGGGAGAAUUGCCGGAGGAGAUCUGGUCCAUCGAGACCGUAGCUAAGAUGAUGGCCCUCUUUGACAACUACGAGCCUAACAUAACUGAGUCAGAAAACGUGACAUUCGAAGAGGAGGAGGAGGUUGAUGCCUUCCUCGACGCCGUCAUCGCCACUGAUGUCAUGCGAUCUGCAUACCAAUUCCUCGUGGACAAAGAGGAGAUCCCGGAGGACCCACCCGCCUUCAAAGAGCGACUCGAGGAGAUGUGGUUCGAAAUGUACCCGAGAGACGGCGACACCCUGGGAUCCAGCGGCUUCGAACACGUCUUCAUGGGGGAAUUCCAGGGCACCGCAGUCACCGGCUUCCACGGAUGGUUCUGGUUUUACCUACAAGAACGGGCUUCACGAAUGAACUAUUUCGGAUACAUGAACUACAGAAACCUCACCGACAAGGUCCGCCGCGUUCAUUCUCGUAAUCUCAUCAUUCCGCCCCCCAUUCAACAGACUCGACCGCAUCCGCAGGGCAUCCUCCUGGAUCUCUCCUUCGAAUGGGACGGGCACCGCAAGCCCAUCAGCACCACCUACAUCGGCGUCAGCCCCGAGCUGGAAUUGGCCCUCCUCACGGUCUGCUUCGUCGCACGGCCCGACUCUCUUUGCCCCGUCAGACUCGCCGGGGAGGAACUCCACGUACAAACCGUGGUAAUGGAGUACGAGGGGACGAGGCACGUGGGGACUGCGUAUUUUGUGAUCUCCAGUUGA